GAAUUAUAGAGAGAUAUUAAGAUGAACAAGUUGAGAAUGAAUAACGUAAACCACCUUCUUAUUCUUCUUCUUAUGCUUCUCUUUGUUCUAACCCUAGUUUCCCAAGGCCAUGCACACUUCUUCGGCAAAGAGAAGAUGGCAAGCUUCAUCUUCUACAACCAAGAAAGAGUCACCGGAGACGACCCCCCUGUUGUAUUGGUUGCCAAGCCUGAAGGCACCACAGUAAAUGCCUCUAGUCUUAUUCCAUUUGGGGCAGUGUAUGCCUUUGAUACACCUUUCACUGAAAGACAAGACCCAAACUCAAAGGUCUUAGGAGAAGCACAGGGACUUGUUGUGUCUGCAGGGCGGGACAAGUCCUUGCUUGUGUUUAUCUUGGAUUUUGGGUUCACUUCCGGUCGUUUUGCUGGUAGUUCUUUUAGUGUGUUGUCAAGAAACCCUAUAAUGGAAGCAGAAAGAGAAAUAGCUAUUGUUGGUGGCCGCGGAAAGUUUAGGUUGGCACGUGGGUUUGCUUAUUUACGUACAGUCGCGAACACUACUAGUUAUGGUUUUAUAGUUGAGUAUAAGGUUACUAUUUUCUAUUAUGAAUAAGUAACGACUGUGAUAAUCGAUCAUGGGAGUUUGAUUAUGGGCUUCAUCUUUCCUUGAAUAAAUUUGAAGUUGUAAUAUUAUUAUUAUCGUUUAUUAUUACAAAUAAAGAGAGAAGUUCAAGA